UACUCUCUGUGUGUGGUGCGAGUACUGUAAAGCAGUACAGUGUGUAUAAGUACUCUCUGUGUGUGGUGCGAGUACUAUACAGCAGUACAGUGUGUAUAAGUACUCUGUGUGUGUCUCUACAGAAGCUGGCGGUCAGAAGUUGUCCCGUGGGCUCCACUAAGCCUCUCUCUCUCAUCAAGCCUCCCAGUCAGGGCAUCGCCAUCUCUCCCGUGUCCAUGGUGACCGCACACAUCAACGGACAGAAAGCGGCGAGCUCGGACCCGCUGCAGACGACGCCCAUCAACCUGCAGACGGGCGGCAGGAUGGCGACCGCCGGAGUCCACGCGUUCAGCAGCAGGAGAGCCGGAGAGCUGCCUCCCUCUCAGAUGCUGGGAACUCUCACAGCUGUGCCCAUCAAGAUGCCUCAAGUCAGCUCCCUGCACCGGCUGGCAGGACAAGCAGCCACAGUGCUACCUCAGGUCAGGCCAAAGACCCAGAUCCCCGACAGCCUCCCUCACAGUCCGUGUCAGGAGCUGCAGCCCCUCGGCCUGCAGAGGGCCACCGCCGUGGUCAGUCCGCGGGGCCAGGGCCCCACUUUGCCCACCGCCAACAGCACCUUCAGCCCCGACCAGCAGCCCAACGGACAGAGCGACGCCUCGCCGCCCGACUCCGGCGGCCCGUGUGGACCCGUCCAGCACGCCUCCGCGGGGCCCGGCGUGGCCUUCGCCAUCAUCGCCGCCUCGCCCGCCAGCAACGGGGUGUCGGCCGUCAGCGAGGCCGUCAAGGUGAUAAUAAUCCAGCCACAGGCCCCCAGCAGCACCGAGGGGCCUCCAGGGGCCCCGGCUGACCUCCCGUCACAGGAGACCCCCAAAUCCCCCUCGAAGAAGAAAGACGAGGACCCCAAGAAAAUCGCCUUCAUGGUGGCGCUCGGCCUCGUCACCACAGAACACCUGGAAGAAAUCCAGACGAAGAGACAAGAGAGGAAGAGACGAAGCACCGCCAACCCGGCCUACAGCGGCCUGUUUGAACCGGAGGUCAGGACACUCUUAUUAUUACAUUAAAUCACUUAUUACACUCGUAUUAUUACAUUAAAUCACUUAUUACACUCGUAUUAUUACAUUAAAUCAUUUAUUACACUCUUGUUACAUUAAAUCACUUAUUACACUUUUAUUAUUACAUU